AAUCAUUUAAAGCUUAAAUGCGUGCGCUUUUCUUUUCAACCCGCCCCCUGGCAGAUAUUGCAUAUAUACGAUACAAUUAUUAAAAAAAAAAAAUACAUGUUAAAACACAUUAUUCCAAAAUCAAAGUUUUGUAUUAAAUCAAAACCAAUUCAGUAUUACUAUUCAACUUUAAUAAAAGAAAAUGUGAAACAAGGUUUCCAUAUACAUCCAAAGCUCAAUUAUGACUAUUUAGCUGCUAAUGCAACUGCCAUUCAGCAAAACAUGAAAAAUAGAGACUAUGGCAGAAUUGACAUGAACCAAUUUGUUGAUUUAAACAAUGAAAGAAUAAAAUUAAAAAAAGAUUUGAAACUACUUGUUGCUGAACAAGAUAAGGUCAAUGCCAACAUGCAUAAAGCAAUCAAAUCAUCACAAUCAGUUGCUCAAGAAUGGAUUAAAAAAGGGAAACAAUUAAAACUAGAAAUUAAGCCCAUUCAAGAAAAAAUUUCACAAAUAGAGAAUCAAUUACUAACUCAGGGACUUCAAAUUCCUAAUGAGACGCAUCCCGAUUCUCCUAUUGGUUCAGAAGAAAAUGCACGCAUCAUGAAAAUAAUCGGUUCACCAAGAAAUGAAGAUCAGUAUCGAUUGAAAGAUCAUCUUGAUAUUGCAGCUGAAUUAAAUAUUUUAGAUUUAAAACAGGCAGCUUUAGGAAGUGGGACAAGCUUUUAUUAUUUACAAGGAAUGGGCGCAUUUCUGGAGUUAGCUUUGAUUCAAUAUGCAAUGCAUAAGGCCAAUGCAAAAGGCUUCUUUGGAGUUUUAACACCGGAUAUAAUUCGAACCCAAGUAGCUUAUGGCUGUGGAUUUCAACCUCGAAGCGAUGAACAUUCUCAAAUCUAUCAUAUCUAUACCAAAUCUCAAGAAGAUCCUAGCAUGUGCUUAGCUGGUACAGCUGAGAUCCCCUUGGCAGCUAAAGUUGCAACAAGGCUUUUCUCUGAACAAGAAUUACCGAUCCGAUUAGCUGGUUUUGGACAUGCAUUUAGAACUGAAGCAGGUGGACUAGGAACGGAUCCAAAGGGUUUAUAUAGAGUUCAUCAAUUCUCAAAGGUUGAGUUAUUUGCUGUGACUACACCUGAUCAAAGUGAAGCCAUGAUGAAUGAAAUUCGAGAUUUACAGGAAGACAUGUUUACUGAAUUAGGAUUAUGCUUUAGAAUUUUGGAUAUGCCUACAGAAGAAUUAGGUGCUAGUGCGUAUCGUAAAUAUGAUAUGGAAGCUUGGAUGCCGGGAAGAAGGAAAUGGGGAGAGAUUUCUUCUACAUCAAAUUGUACAGAUUAUCAAGCUCGUAGAUUAUCAAUUCGUUAUUGUCUUAAAGAUCAUAAACUAAAUCCAGGAAAUGCUUUUUUUUGUCAUACAUUAAAUGGUACAGCAAUCGCCGUACCUCGAAUCAUCAUUGCUAUUCUUGAAACUUUCCAACAACAAGAUGGCUCAGUACGAAUCCCUUCAGUACUAAGAAAAUGGAUGCCAGGAGAACCAGAGUACAUGACACCAUCAAAAUCUUUUUAAGAAAAAAGAAAAAAAAAAAAAGAUGAUAUUCUUUUAUAUAAAGUUUUUGUUUCUAU